ACCAGAUAUUUACGACCAGUUGUAUCAUAUUUGAUACUUUUUGAUGAAGAAUUAGAGCUACUCAAACACCCCCUCUCGGCAUUCCAUGGUUUCGUCUACUAGUCUCGUCCCCAGCGCACUCUUGUAGAGAACAACAUGGCAGCCUCCAUGGGAAGAGGUAGAGGAGGAGGUAGCACUAGUUUCCAGAAGAAAGCCCGGGCCAAAAGUCUCCACAUCCCCGGCACAAGGCCCUCACCACAGGGGAACCAACUCCUGGUGUCUACCGGGGUCCCGUCUCUGGACCACAUCAUCGGAGGAGGGGUCGUGGUGGGGACGGUGCUGUUGGUAGAGGAAGACACGUUUGGGAACUAUGCACGCCUUCUGGUGAAGUAUUUCAUGGCGGAAGGUAUCAUGGCCCGUCAUCCUUUACUGCUGUCCUCGGCUGAACUCCACCCCAGACAGCUCCUGGGUGACCUGCCGGCACCGGUUAGCGAGGACGUGGGGAAGACAGCGACACACCAGGGAGAUGUACCCUCAGAGAAACAGGUGCAGAAAGAGGCACCCAUGAAAAUAGCUUGGAGGUACCAGAACUUGCCCACCGAGCAGCCUGAGCUUGGAGCGUUCUCCCAGUUCGGCCACUACUACGACCUGUCCAGGACCAUGUCCAGUGAGAUGACUGACUCCGCCCCCAGCAGGCUGUUCUACCUGCCGGAUGAACUCCCCCUGGAGGAGCAGGGCGCGUGGACCGGCAGCAUCACAAACCCUGCCUAUGUCAAACUCCUACAGUCCAUCCGGGAUGUGGUUAUGGAAGGACAGUUUGAUCUUACCGUGCCACAACCCAAAGACGUGUCUAGAACUGUGCUGAGAAUCGGUCUUCACUGUCUAGGUUCCCCCUUAUGGGGAGAGCAGGAUGGCGGCGCAUCCCAUGAUGCAUCUCUCCCCCACUUCCUCCACGCUCUCAGGGCUCUGCUCAGAACCUCGCUGGCCGCUUGCCUCGUCACGGUCCCCACACAUCUGUUCCAGGACGCUGCCUUCACACGGCGGUUAGAGAAGCUGUGCGACUCCGUUGUCCGACUCGAAUCCUUCGCGGGAUCGGAGAAAGAGCAGAACCCUGCGUACAGGGACUACCACGGCCUGCUGUACGUUAGACAGUUGUCCCAGGCCAACUCCCUCCUGUCCCACGUGCCAGACUGCAGCGACUUUGCCUUCAAGCUGCGGAGGAAGAAAUUUGCGGUGGAGAAGCUCCACCUGCCGCCGGAACUGCAGGAGAGUCAGCAGCGGGAGCAGGACGAGCCUGUAGCAGCUCUCAAAACUUCAGCUGCGAGCUGUUUCACCAGCGGAAAGAGCAAACUGGACUUCUGAAUUAAUUUCAUGUACAUUGUAUAAUGCGUUUCCAUUUGGUUUAUAUUGUUACAUGUUGUUCUACUAUUACAUGCAAAAGGACAAAUAUGUGCACCAGUAGUGGUAAUGAGAUUUGUCAUAUUUUUAUAGAACAUUGGGAGUUUGAGACUUUAUUGGAACUUCCAUUAGCAGUGGGCCCAAGGGCUAGUCUUCCCAGAAUUCACAUAAAUGUACGAUGCAGUAGGUAUGUGAUUGUUUCUUAUUUCUAUGCAGGUAAGUAUUUAAUAUUUGCAGGUUUUGAAUACCAUGCUAAUGAUGCCAAAUGCAGUAAGUUUGGAAAAAUACAGUUGUCUUGUAGUUUGUUAAUCACAAGAAUUUGAACAAACUACAAGAUCCAGAGGAAAAGGAACUUGACUUGUGCUUCUGGUUAUGUCAACCAGCAACAGACUGGUUGACAUAAAAAAUGCAAAUAGUAUGCAAAAUAGUAGAGUUACUUUUCAAAAGACAAUGUUCAUACCAAUGUUGGGAAUUAAAGC